AUGCCUUGUCUUCUCAAUCGUCUACCAAAAGAAAUCUUAUUUGAAAUUUUUUCAUACUUUCCUCCAUUGGAAAUCAGUUAUUCAUUUUCAAAUGUGAAUAAACAUGUCAACAAAGUCUUAUGUGAUUAUAAUCUUCGCUAUUCAAUCGAUCUUCGGUUUAUGUCGCAAGAAAUGUUCGAUUCGUUGAAAAAUCAUCUUCGACCGGAACGUGUCAUUCAUCUUAAGAUGUCGAAUGAAGAAGGUGUUUCACCGAAAAUGCAAUAUUUUCUUUCUUUAUUCGAUUUAAAAUCGUUUCGAAAUCUUCGAUCAAUUAACGUGUAUAAUGUAACCAAUGAAAACAUUGAUUUGUUUGUAUUCCAAUUAAAACGUUUGCCAGCGAAUCAUUUGACAAGUUUACAUUUAAGCGACAUUUAUUCAGGCGAUCGAUUUUAUCAACUCAUUGAUCUCCAUUCGAAAUCUUUGCGAACUUUAUCAGUUGACCAGGGAUCAAUAUUGAAUCGAAAUAUUUUCCCAAAAAAUCUUCAAAAUUUGAAACUAUAUUCGAUCGAUAACUUUUAUCUGAAAACGAUUCUUCAGCGACUUCAUCGAAAUUCCCUUAUCGAGCUUUACAUUCAGUUCGAUUUUAACAAAUUUAGUACAAAACAGUUAUUGUCCAGCUUUCAGCGACACUCUCAAUCACUAAAUCGUCUUUUUAUCAAUAUAAAUCAAAUUUCAAUUUUAACAUUAAAACGACUAGUUCUGGCUUUAAACAAUUUAAAGCGGCUGGAACUUGAUUGCUAUUAUCCUGGUGAUUUAUUAGACGGAAGCCAGUGGGAACAAUUUGCUGCUGGUCUGGAGAAACUUGACUUUCACAUAGGUUGCGUUCGAACUGAUCAUGAAAGCCUUUGUCGAAUCAUCAAUUCAUUUCGUUCGCCAUUUUGGUGUGAAAAGAAACGCUGGUGGGUUGCAUUGAUAGGUAAUCACAUUUGUUCAAUACCAAAAUUUUCACCAACAACGCUUGAAAUCAAAAGCGAAGACGAUUUUUUUCCGAAUUAUUCAACUGCUCCUUUAUCGGUGUUUUUCUCGAAAGUUGCUCAUUUAUUGUUUCGGAAGUUCUUCAAUGGUUUUACACGACCGAUUGAUUAUCGGUUUCGACAAGCGAAAGGUGUACGAUUCUGGUAUAAGACUCGUGUAAUCAAACCUGAUGUUCUGUCAUUAUUUCUUGAUUUACAUCAAAUCGAAGAAGUUGAAAUCGAAAAAUUAGACAUUGAUACGUGCAUCUUACUUGAACAGAUGCCAAAUGUUCAUUCACUGCAAUUUAAUGCUUUAGAAGAUGGUCUGUCUGCAUGUUUUCCACGCAUUCGGUCAAUCGAAUUUUCUUCAUAUUCAAAUCCAGUGUCUGGUGAAAUUGUUGAGCAAUUUUAUCGACUAUUUCCUAAAGUAGAAGAUUUAUUGAUUGAUAUUGAAACUCGGAUUGACAUGUAUAAUCUUAUCAAUCGACUUCAGCAUCUUGUCAAAGCUCAUUUUCGUACAAAUCAUGUGAAACGUUCAACAUUAUUGGCAGAACUCUUUCAAAAGACCCGUCUGACAACAAAGAAUGCAAAAGUUUCACAAGAGAUAUCACAGUUGAGCUCAGGUCGAUCAUUCCGGCGACUGAAUCCGUUGAAAUCUGAAUCGGAUCCGGCGGCAAGGAAAUGGUCGGAAAACGAACCUAACCGGCCGGAACCGACCGUACCAUAA